GACGUCACGCCCAGAUGUUCCCCAGGCCGCGCCCCGCGGGGUCCGGGCGGCUCCGGGCAGCGAUAGCGGGGAGCGCCGGGUCCGCUGUCACAGCGCGAUGGGAGGGCUGCGAGACCGCAUCGCCAGCUCAUUGCCUUCUUGAGAAAACGGCACUAAUACAUGCUCCGAGCAACAAGCUGCCAGUGCCAGGAUCUAUCUGCUGUUCUUUUUCUCUUCCAUUGGACCGCCAACGCUUUUUCGAUUUAGUGACAAGCUGGGUGUGAUCGUCACGAACAAAGUGUGGGUUUGAUGGCUGCGAUAUCAGCCUUUACUCCUACAAACCGAUCCUAAGAAAUAAGGGAGGGAAAAGUCUGCUUGUGUAAUCUUUUUAAAAAGGGAAAGAGCGCUGUUGUGUUGGUUUUGGUUUUUUUCUCUUUUUUUUGUCUUCGUCUGUUUGGAUUUCUUUUUAAACUUAUGAAAAAUGGCAACAGCAGCAUAUGUGGAUCAUUUUGCAGCAGAGUGCCUUGUUUCUAUGUCAAGUCGUGCUGUUAUCCAUAGUCCCAAAGGGGAGCCUGAUCCCCAACCUGAUGCAGCAAUACUUCCUUCAUCCAAUGGAGAAGAUAGACGGGAAGUCAGAGAAACCGGGAAAGACAAUGGAUCAUCAUUACUUGUGGUAGCUAGUAUUUUAGCAGAUCUGAACCAGCAUGUCCCAAACUCACCUGCUCUAAGGACGGAAAAAACAGAGACGCUUGAUAUAACAGAACAAAUACACAUUUCUAUUGCUCCUAAGGAGUUUGGGGAAGAAAGUCUGUCUUCAGCUGGUAAGAGCGAAGGAGAAAGAGCAGCCACACCUACUAGCCUGGCUGCAGUAACUGAGCCAAGCCCCAGACAAAAGAACAAACGCAUAAGAAGCUGGACUGACCCUGGAUCACCCCAGAAAAAGCACAAAUGCCACUAUGUGGGGUGUGAAAAAGUUUAUGGCAAAUCUUCCCAUCUUAAAGCUCAUCUAAGGACCCAUACAGGUGAGCGGCCUUUUGAAUGCAACUGGCAGGGCUGUAACAAGAAGUUCGCUCGCUCGGAUGAGCUGGCCCGGCACUACCGCACUCACACCGGAGAGAAGAAGUUCAGCUGCCCGCUGUGUGAGAAACGCUUCAUGCGCAGCGACCACCUGACCAAGCACGCCCGGCGCCACGCCAACUUCCAUCCCAGCAUGCUGAAGAGGCGGAGCGGCAGCGGCUCCAGGACAGGCUCUGUCAGUGACUACAGCCGCUCGGACGCCUCCAGCCCCACGAUCAGCCCCGCCAGCUCCCCAUAGACUACCUGCACUGGAUGUCAGCACUUUGCCUCUAAUGCCUAACAUGGAGUUUUGUUUGUGUUGCACACAUUUAAAAAACUCUGUUGCUUCCCCGCCUUCAGUUCCCACCCUCUCUUUUUUUAAAAAUCAGUAAAUAGCUGCCUCCCACUGCAAUUUUUAGUCAGAUUUUCUUUACCCAACCACACAAGUGGCUAUUCUAACCUCAUGGACAGACAAACUUACAUGUUACACUUAGUGACUCCUGCUGUCUCAAUAUUUCAUAUAUUUUGCAACCAUGUAUGGAUCCUCUUCAUUAUUCUUUAUAAGAAAAUGAAAAAAUCUAAAAAAAGGAAAAAAAUCUGCUUAAUUCACCUCAGGUGUCGAAGUAGUUUGUAAAACCGGAUUGCACAAUAUAAGCAUACAUACACUUAAAAAUCAACUGUGUUGGAUUUGUGUCCCCCUUCUCCUUUCUCAGGGAUGGAUAUUUAUGUUACACAAUAAUUACAAUGAAGACACACCCUAACCACGGCCUUACUCUGUAAAUAUAAUUGCACUCAGAAGCUUUUUGUUAGGUUCUUUCACACACUGGGGAAAAAAUAAAAAACAAGCAAACAAUACAGAAACCAGCCCAAUACUGGAAUGUAGUACUGGACUCUUCCAUUGCUCAUUUUCCUGAUUAUACACCUGUGUUGGGGAGUCUCCAAACAGGAAUCUUGUCUUUCUUCAAGCUGCCCUCUGCCUAUGGUAGCAAGCUGUCUUCUCACUUCAUGCUGAGGAUGCUCCAAAACCAACUUCCAAUUGCAAAAAUCUCUGUGAGGUUGAUAAACUUGUUUGUUGGUUUGUUUCAUGCUAGAUAAAAUUCUGAGAAAAAUUUUUCAACAAGAUGCCUUAAGUGAGUAACCUAAAUCACAAAGAAACAAAUUUACACUGGGUAACGUUUUAUGGCAAGGUGGCCUGGAAUCUCGGAGGCAUUCUGUUGUCAACUCUCUACAAGCUGUUAAGCUGUCUGCACUGCCUGUUCAAUAUGGGACCAACAGAAUAUUCAAAUCAAACCACACUGACUUGAACAAUUUCCUUUAUUUCUUCUUCCUUUGUUUUGUUUUGUUUUUUAAUUAACUACAGAAAUAGCAUUACUGAACCAAUGCCCACCAAAACUGUUAUCAAGGUACUUACUUACUGUACAGCUAUAUCUUAGAGAGAAGAAUUGGCCAAGACAUAGUUUCUGUAUGGUUGUUGAAAGAAGGAAGUGAAAAUCAUAAGGUAUCUUCUGACUGGAAUAAUAAAAUAUGCAUUAAGUUUAAUAUAAAAUGACAUUAUAGCUCAGCACUACUUCAAGUUUCUCAAAAAUACACAUACCAGCAUAAAGCAAGGUGCUUUUAUUUCUGAAUAACUGCUUAAUAACAGAAAGGGAAUAUUGGCUAGUUUUCAAUAACUUUCAAAUAUUUAACACUAGAUAGAGCACAAGGGUUUUUAUGUUUUAUAUGGUAGAAAAUACAGUAACAGACCAGAAACAUAGUGAUGUACAGAAAACCUCACUGGCAGCAAAUACACAUUCCUUGGUUUGUCUGGGUCUGAUGGUGCAUAUUAUCAAUUCAGGUCCUUUUGAUUCUGGAAUUUUGGGAUGUUUGCUGUUUUUUUCUGUAGGGUAUAAAUGCAGUUAAGUGUAGCAUGGUGGAAAGAAACUCUCUAUGCCAAACCUGUCAUUUGAUAUUAAGUGAAUGCCUCCAGAUUCCCAAUGAACCUGUAUUUUACUUGCUGCUUUGCAUUGAUCCAGUUUUGCAAGGUUUUAUUGUACUGUAUGUUAACUGUGAGAAGCUAAUAUAGAUGUCCAAGUAGUUUCAUAGGUACUUCCAUAAUACACAUUAUUCCUAAUACUACACCUUCUAUUAUUUGUACAGAUAAAUACUCUAAGUAUUUUUCAGUACAAAUACAACUAUAAAUCUAAACAAAUGCAGAUCUUUCCGUAUCUUUUUCAUGUUAAUUUGCUUCAGAUUUCACCUCUGUUAAUUUCCCCCUUCGAAUUGGAAGUUGUGAGAGGUACAAUUCCACUGUUUCAUUUCACAGAAAAUGAAAGAACAUAGUAAGGGUUUUUUGCAAGAUGACAAAGAGAAUUAAUGUGAUGAGUUGCCCAAGCUCUGGAGCUGGGGGAAAACCAGAUCUGUUGGCCUCGUCAGAUUUCCUGUUUUCUUUUUUUUUUUUUAAUCUCAUGUGCUGAGAUGCACAAUUUUAACGACUUGAUAGAAUUCAGGUAACAGGAAUUCACAUUCCAAUAAUUUCUGUCACUCCUAGAAGUGCUCUUGUGCUGUAGUUAGUAGAGAGGCAUUUCACAUAUCUAGCUCAAGGAAUUCUACAGGUCAGCUCUGUCUUGUGUACAUACUUCAAAACAAGUCAAACACAUUUCUCAUUAUCAUUGUAUCUUAAGAGAGGUACAUGGAGGAGAGGGGGAACAAGAAAAUCAAAAGGAGCACUAAGUAUUGGCAAACAUUACAGGCUUCAUGUUCCAAAUUCAUUUUGCUGUAAAAUCACCUGUUCCAACAAGACCAUCAUUUAAUCUUCAGGAAAGGAGGAACCACUCAAUUUCAUUGAUUUAGGACUUAAUAAUUCAGCAUGAAUCCGUUUAUACAUUACAAACAAGUUGUUUUACUAGCCUGGAGAAGGAAUGUUUGCACCAGGUUUUAUCAGUACUGAAAUUAUAAGAUAUAAAGGUUUUGGGUCAACCUAUUCUGAGGGACACAGAACUGUGUAAUCUUUAACUCAAACAGUUAGGUAAUAUUUUACUCAUAUUCUUCAUAGAUUUUACUAUUAAUUUUUCAAGUUUAAGCAGGAGAAAAUAAAUUGGUUCAAAGUAAAAUUUUCAGUUAAGUCAGUUCAUUUAAUGAGAACACCAUGGGGCUGUACAUAGCCAACAUAACAACACUUUCAGAAAAUACUCUCAAAUUGGUCAUUAAAACUUUUUUGUUUUUACAUCUCAGCUGUAAAUACCUCAGGAUGUAUUAGGCUGAGAGUCAAGUUACUGUGUUUUAAAAUCCCGGAUAGAGUUUCAAAUAUUUCCAUUAAAGGUUUAAUACUUUAUAGUUUUAGGAUAAAAUGAUAAAUUCCAAACCACUUGUAUUUUCCAAAAUUGAAUGUAAACAAAAACUUAUCUUAAUAUUUUCAUAUGAGAAAAGGGUGGGGUUUUCUAGCAUCUGCUAGAAAUGUCUGAUGAUCAGCAAGGUCAUUAGACUCCAUUCUCAUGAUGGUUCCUCCUGAGUUUUGCAGACAUGAGAAGUCAGAACAGCUCAAAUUAUGUUUUGAAAUCUGUUUGCUGAUCCAAACUAACCUCAGAUUCUUACUUUCUGUUGUUUCACCCAGCAGUGAAUCUAAAUCAGUCUUCUGGCACAGCAACAAACAUGUCACACUCAGGAAAUACUGCUCUGGCAAGGUGCAGGUUUCUCCAUCUGGAGGAGUGUGCAUCUCUCCUGCCUCCUCCUUUCCCCAUGCAAUCUGUUGAGGUGUUCUCACAAAAUACAACAUUACUGUGAUUUUUUUUUCAUUUCAGAUUAUAGCAACAGCUUUAUUAUUAUUUAAAAAAGCCUUGGAAAGUUUGUUUUUCUCCAGCCAUGAUUCUAACUUCUCUAAAUGUUGAGCUGAACUGCCUUUCUACAGGAGAUAGGUGCAAGUGAAAAUAUUCACCUUGCUACCAGGUGAAACUGAAGAUGCUCUUAGAAACUCGUUUACCCCUUCCAUUAACCUCUCCCUGUGCAAAGGCCUAAUGGCAACAUGAAUCCAGUUUUCAUCCUGCUUCUUAGAAAGCAGUCCUGGUAAAUUCCUGGCAGCUAGAUUUUGUAAGAAUUUUUUGUAUCUGCAAAUUAAUUGUUCCUUGCUUCUACAAUACAUGCCUAGUAUCUAUUUACAUAACUGCAAAGGUAUAUAUUUAUGACAAGUCAUCAGAAGCCUCUGUUUGAUGGUAACACCUAUUCCUGUCUAAAUCCCACCCUCUUUUCUGCAUUAACCCUUGCAAGAAGUUGUAGCUAUGUGAGCCUCUGCACACCUUUAAACCUCAUUACCCUCUACCCAGCUGUUCAGCACUCUCCUUGUCUCACACAGCCAGGCAGUAAAGGCUGUGUGAAGACCAUACUUGUGUCACAACUGCUCGUCUCCAGUGUUUUGUCAUGAGUUACAGGAUUUGUACUUUGUGAAGUGCAGUGUUGUUUUUGCCUUUUCAUUGCCAUUAGAUUUACUAAUUUCAUCAGGUCAUGCCUACAAACUAACUUUCAGGUGCUCUUUUACUCCAUCACACCAUCUGUUUGUGCAUUAGGUGCUAACAUCUAGUCUAUGUCAGUGAAUGGUAUGAUGAACAUCUGUAUUUGUAACUCUCGGGGAUAAGAGCUAUAGCCUUAGGCAGAAGAAAAUACCCAAAUUAUUCUUGUUUAUCCCAUAAGUCAGAAUAUAGAAUGCAAAAGCCCAUCCACUGGUAUAGGUUUUUAUAAAUAUAUAUAUUUAUAUAUAUGGAUUUAUAUAAGCAUAUGCACAUAUAUAUAAAAAUAUAUAUAUAUAUGUGUAUAUUGUAUAGUGUAUGUGUGUAUACAUAAGUACACAGCAGUGUGUCUGUACUACACACUGACUAAUGAAGGGAUGUCUACAGAGCAAAAAUAGGUAUCCAUUUCAUUAUAACUGGUGAUGGGCCUGAACCAAAUUCCUAGAUCCACAUGCCAUUGCAUUUGGACUUUUUGAACCUGUUGGAGAUUUGUGGUCGAGUUUCAUCUCUGGUUACAGGUGCAUUUACUUGCGUACACUGUGCAUGUGGGGACGUGUGUGUUUGUGUGCACAUGUGCUUUUCCAGCAGCACAUGCCCGAGUGGGGGACAGAGGACACGUGUGCUGGGGAGUGUGCACAUAUUCACAGCUAAACUUACAGCUGCAGUGAGCUGUGAAGCUGCAAGUGUCACCCUCACUUGUACAGGUUUGUCAGCAGCACAUGAAAGCUUCUGUGGCUCACUUUUCAACUCUUUAAAUCACUACAUUGAAGUAUUACAGUUGUACAGUUAUAUGUUCAUCUAUUCUUGCUCUGCUGUAACUUUUUAUGUAUUUUGUAUUGCAUAGAUUAUAUAUUGUGAUAAUGUCCUAUGCAACUAUAAAAGGAAAAAAAUGAAAAAAGGAAGAAAAUUAAGAACUGUAAGAUAUUGUCUUAACUUGUAUGCAUGGUUAGUGAGGUUUACAUUUUCCAAAAUAAAACUUAUAACUAUGAAAUGUUGGUUUUCUCCUAAUUUCCUUCUCUAUCACCUAAAAAGCAUCAAUUGUUAAUUUUUCUGCUGUUCAUUGAGACUU